GGAGGGAAGGCGGGAGGGCGCGCGCCGGGGCCGCCUGCUCGCUCGCUCGCUGGCUCCCUCCCUCCGCCGGUGGGUUAGUCAGUCAGUCAGUCAGUCAGUCAGUCAGUCCGCCAGCAGCCGGCGGGCCGGCGAGCCGCAGAGGGCCCGAGUGUCGGCGCCGGCGCCUUCUCCUGCCAUUGUUCCUCGGGCGGCUGCAGCGGCGGGCUCGGGAGCCCGGGCCCCGGGGCCACCGCAACAUCAUGACAACAGAGAAGAGUUUAGUGGCUGAGGCUGAAAAUUCACAGCACCAACAACAUAAGGAAGAAGGUGAGGGAGUCACAAAUUCAGGCCAACAAGAAACUCAGCUGGAAGAGUUUUCUCAAGAGGCAGCUGAGGGAGAUAAUCAUUGUGAGCAGAAGCUGAAAACAUCUAAUGGAGAUACCCCUACACAUGAAGACUUAACCAAGAACAAGGAGCGGACAUCAGAAAACAGGGGCCUGUCACGGCUGUUCUCAUCAUUUCUCAAAAGACCAAAGUCUCAGGUUUCUGAGGAAGAAGGCAAGGACGUAGAGUCAGCUAAAGAGAAAUGUGAAGGAGGUCAGAAAGAGAUAGAAUUUGGAACCAGUCUUGAUGAAGAGAUCAUUUUAAAAGCCCCAAUUGCAGCUCCUGAACCUGAACUCAAAACAGACCCAUCCUUGGAUCUUCAUUCAUUAAGCAGUGCAGAAACUCAGCCUGCUCAGGAAGAACACAGAGAAGAUCCAGAUUUUGAAACUAAGGAAGGAGGAGGACUUGAAGAGUGCUCUAAAAUAGAAGUAAAAGAAGAAAGUCCUGAGUCCAAAGCAGAAAGAGAGUUAAAAGCUUCCCAGAAAUCAAUCAGAAGACACAGAAACAUGCACUGCAAGGUUUCUUUGUUGGAUGAUACAGUUUAUGAAUGUGUUGUGGAGAAACAUGCUAAGGGACAAGAUUUGCUUAAACGAGUGUGUGAGCACCUCAAUCUUUUGGAAGAGGACUACUUUGGUCUAGCCAUUUGGGAUAAUGGAGCCUCUAAGACGUGGCUGGAUUCUGCCAAAGAAAUAAAAAAGCAGGUUCGUGGUGUCCCCUGGAAUUUCACAUUUAAUGUAAAGUUUUAUCCACCUGAUCCAGCACAGUUGACAGAAGAUAUAACAAGAUAUUAUUUAUGCCUUCAGCUCCGACAGGACAUAGUUUCAGGACGUCUGCCCUGUUCCUUUGCAACCUUAGCAUUAUUAGGUUCUUACACCAUCCAGUCUGAGCUGGGAGACUAUGACCCAGAACUUCAUGGUGCAGAAUAUGUUAGUGAUUUUAAACUGGCCCCAAAUCAGACCAAGGAACUUGAAGAGAAGGUCAUGGAACUGCAUAAGUCAUACAGGUCCAUGACUCCAGCUCAAGCUGACCUGGAAUUUCUUGAAAAUGCCAAAAAGUUGUCUAUGUAUGGUGUUGACCUUCAUAAAGCAAAGGACUUGGAGGGAGUGGAUAUCAUCCUAGGUGUCUGCUCUAGUGGCCUUCUGGUUUAUAAAGAUAAGCUGAGAAUCAACCGCUUCCCUUGGCCCAAAGUUCUGAAGAUUUCUUACAAACGUAGCAGCUUUUUCAUCAAGAUCCGUCCUGGAGAGCAAGAACAAUAUGAGAGUACCAUUGGAUUCAAACUUCCCAGUUACCGAGCAGCUAAGAAAUUAUGGAAAGUUUGUGUAGAGCAUCACACGUUUUUUAGACUGACAUCAACAGAUACCCUUCCUAAGAGCAAAUUUCUUGCACUGGGAUCCAAAUUUCGAUACAGUGGCCGGACUCAGGCUCAGACCAGGCAAGCUAGUGCUCUGAUUGACAGGCCUGCCCCACACUUCGAGCGUACAGCAAGCAAACGGGCAUCCCGGAGCCUUGAUGGAGCAGCAGCUGUUGAUUCAGACCGAAGUCCUCGGCCCACCUCCGCACCAGCCAUUGCUCAGAGUCAGGAUGCAGAAGGCACCGUUCCAGGUGCACCUGUCAAAAAAACAGUCGUUUCUAAAGCACAGAAGGAAACAGUGAAGGAUGAAGAGAAAAAGGAAGAAGGGCCACCUGACCAAGCUGAGCCAGAGCCCACAGAAGUGUGGAAGGUGGAAAAAACCCACAUCGAGGUCACAGUACCUACCUCAAAUGGUGACCAAACACAGAAAAAGAGAGAGAGACUAGAUGGUGAAAACAUUUAUAUCAGACAUAGCAAUUUAAUGUUGGAGGAUUUAGACAAAAGUCAAGAAGAGAUAAAAAAGCAUCAUGCCAGCAUCAGUGAGCUGAAAAAGAACUUCAUGGAAUCUGUACCAGAACCACGGCCUAGUGAGUGGGAUAAACGCUUAUCCACUCACUCCCCAUUCCGAACACUUAACAUCAAUGGGCAGCUUCCCACAGGAGAAGGAAAUAUGAAUGGCAUUCUCACAGAGGAGGUGGCUGCCAUGACAAAGGAGCCAUCUACCAACCCUGACUCUGAAUGGGAUGGUCCCAAGCAUUCAGUAAUCUCUAGUAAGAGCCAAAUAACCACCCUGUCGGAGUCUCCACAAAGCUUUGAGUUUGGCUCCCUCUCCAUAAGCAGCAAGGAGACAGAAGAGAAGGAGCAGGGGGCAGCUGGCUAUCUUGAUAUUAAGGAAAUGCCAAGAGGCUCAAGUGGGGAAUGUAUAGGAGUGGAGGAACAGGCCAGUGCCUUAAAGUUCUCAGUAUCACCAGCUUCCUCUCAGCGACAACUUGGUGAAAAAAAGGCAGAGAGUAGUGAAGAACAUGUUACACCAGGAGAGCCACUUGGAAAGCAAAAUGGAUCAUUUCUUGACUCUCAUGUGGGUAACCAGUUCCCCACCCUCAUUCGAAGUUUCCAGCCUCCCCUGGUGAAGACUCAAACCGUCACCAUCUCAGAUACUGCCAACUUGGUGAAGAGUGAAAUCCCAACCAAAGAUGUCCCUAUUGUUCACACUGAAACCAAGACCAUCACUUAUGAGGCUGCCCAGACUGAUGACAGCAAUGGGGACUUAGACCCGGGAGUCUUGCUGACAGCUCAGACCAUCACAUCUGAGACCACAAGCAGCACAACCACAACUCAGAUUACUAAGACUGUAAAAGGUGGGAUUUCAGAGACCCGGAUUGAGAAGAGAAUUGUGAUCACAGGAGAUGCCGAUAUUGACCAUGAUCAGGUCCUCGUACAGGCCAUCAAGGAGGCAAAGGAGCAGCACCCAGACAUGUCAGUGACCAAGGUGGUCGUCCAUCAGGAGACUGAAAUCUCUGAGGAAUGAGCUCAGGAACUGUCCUACCCCAAAUCCCUGCCUGUCUCCCAUCCGAAAGAAAAACCAGCAAAAUGAUAAAGAAGCUUACCUGCAAUAGUCAGACAUCAGGCUUUCAAAAUUACUCUAAACCACCAGAAAAUUAAUUUCAUUUUCUAUUUGGAGUUUAUACCAAGAGAGUCUUCUAGACAUCACUGAUUCUUUUAAUACCUUUUUCUAUAUUGUGAUACCAGAAAUUGUUCAACUUUUCACUCGAUGGACUGUUUUUAAAGAG